AUGGUUCAAACAACUGAUGAAAAACUCGAAAAACUAGGCCAAUUGUUCCCACAAAGUGACAAAGAAGGGCUUUUAGACGUUAUCGUGAGUUGUAACGGAUCUUUGAAACGGUCAGCCCAGUUGCUAGGGUUGGAGGAUGAGGAUGCGGUUUCAGCAAGCAUUUGCGGGAACGUCAAGAGAUUCAAAUCGCAGCAAACGCUGUCGCGCUUCAUGAGCCCAUCUGCAAGAAGCAUUCCGGCAACAGCACGGUUGUCGCCACACUCGCACUUGCAGAAGACGAUUGAGCUCCAUACCAAACAUGAGAUAGAGGUCACGCUAAAGUAUUGCACUUAUCACACCGAUGUGUUACCUCAGGAGCUUGCCGAGGAAUUACUUCGGACCACCAUGAACGAUCCUUCUUAUAAGGCGAGUCAAUUUUACCUUUUUGGCAACAAAUGCACCUCGAACCACAAGUCUCGGCUCUUUUUGCCAGCGGCCCGUUCCGACGCCUUCUACUAUAAUGGCAAAGAGGUGAAGGAUUUCAGCCUCUACUCUGAUGAAAUGAUGCUCGCACAAGUUCUUAUAGAAGACGUUGUUAACCAGGCACUUACUCAGAGGCCACAAUUAUCAUUUCAGAUUAAUCCAGGUCAGUGGGAAGCACAAGCAGCACUUUCAAAUCUUUACGAAAGUAAUAGCAAUCUGGACUGGCACUCAGAUCGCUUGACCACUAUCGGACCGCAUGCGGUAAUCGCCUCCUUGUCGCUCGGAUUUUCCCGCGACUUCAGAGUUCGCAAGACCUACCCUUCGAAUUCUCAGGUUUACUCAAUAAAACCAAAACAUAACUCCUUAAUAAUUAUGCACGCAGGAUUUCAAGAAGAAUACAAACACUGUGUACCACUCCUGCCGAAAAAGUACAAUAUUCCGACCGAUGAUUUGCACAUCUUAUCUCAAGCGAAAAGAGUCAACAUCACAUACCGUAAUUACCUGUUCAAGGAGACCGCUUUUUGCAAACAAUGUGGCUCACCAAUGGAUCUUCGUCGAAUGUUCAAAGACGCGCGCAAAAGAGGAAAAUACUUCUAUCAAUGUACUAAGAGUUACACCGCCGACAACGGGUUCAAAGACGGUAAGGAAUGCAAAUGGUUUGCAUAUGCAAAUUUCGAGAAUGGUCCCUCUCUUACAGAUGAUGAAGACCACUGCUCGACCUGGUUAGCAGACGAUGAUGUUGAAGCCAAGGAAGCGCAAAGAAUUGAAUGA